AUGGAAGAAGUCGAUGCCUGGUGGUCGCUGGCAACAGGAAGCAGCAGGAUCGGACAAGUCAAGGAAGGCGUCUUCUCUCUACGCUUCAAUCUCGUUCUCAAAUUCAGCCCACACGCACGUGAAGCAGAGGGGAUAGCUAUGUCCAUCGCACGCUCUAUGGAUGUGCCUGCGCCCCGUUUUAUAUCAUACGGCGAGUAUUCUCCCAACAUGAGAUCUCGGGAGGGAUCUAUCCUCAUGACAUGUAUACCUGGAAAAAUGCUGCAGGAUGUUAUCGAAUCUUUAUCCCCCGAGGAGCUUCAUACCGUCAUGCAGGAGCUCUCUGAGAUUCUAGACUGCAUGCGAUCGUAUUCUAACCCUUGGGGUACUCGCGUAUACGGCGUCGACGGAAAGGACGUCUACGGUGGGCGCAUCCCAGGUCGUCAUAUCAGAGCUUGCGACGACGAGCAUUCCUUUUACGCAACCCUUCUUCGGGCUACCGGCGCUCGGGACGAUGAUCAAGUAGGUCCCGCCAAGCUUGAAAAGGCGAGAAAUAUGCCGACCUUGUUUCCCCAUAAUAUUGUGUUUACUCAUGGUGAUCUCUGGGAUCAUAAUAUCAUGGUGGAUCACGGACACAUCAGCGGGAUCGUGAAUUGGGAAUGGGCGGGGUGGCUUCCCGAGCAUUGGGAGUACACAUUGAUUCUUCGAUGGAUUGGAUUGCAAGUGCCUUGGACCAAACAGUUGGCUUCUCUACCCGGGUACAAAUACUCCAAGGAAUUGGAGUAUGACUUGGCCUUGAUCGCAGUUUCAGAUAGCUCUUUUCCAAUAUGA